CGCGGCGCGGCCCUGCUCUCUCGCUGCCGCGGCGUUCCCCGGCCCCGGAAGCGCUGCCCGGCCCGCCGGCGGGGGGAGGCGGUGCCCGGCCCGGCUCCGCGUCGCGCCGCAGCCCGUACUGUGUCCAUGAUACAAGAUGGAGAGAAGAUAGUAUAGAGAAGUGGUGGUCUUGUGGGCAGAAUGGCUUUCCUGGACAACCCGACAAUUAUACUUGCUCACAUUCGGCAGUCACAUGUGACCAGUGAUGACACAGGGAUGUGUGAAAUGGUCCUGAUAGAUCAUGAUGUUGAUCUAGAGAAGUUUAAUCCCUCGUCAACAUGUGGAGAUAGUGCUUCAGAAUCACAGGGAAGCAAUGGUGAGACUCAGGGCUAUGUAUAUUCCCAAUCAGUCGACAUUACCUCAAGCUGGGACUUCGGAAUUAGAAGACGAUCCAACACAGCUCAGAGACUAGAACGUCUGCGGAAAGAGAGACAAAAUCAAAUAAAAUGCAAAAACGUGCAGUGGAAAGACAGAAACACUUCUUACUCAGCAGAGGAGCUGAGCUCACUAUUUGAAAAAAAGAAUUUCAGAGUAAGAUCUCCCUGUUCUGGGAAGCAGUCGAUUCUGUCUGUGCGACUUGAGCAGUGUCCACUACAGCUGAAUAACCCCUUCAAUGAGUACUCAAAAUUUGAUGGCAAGGGCCAUGUUGGUACCACGGCAACCAAAAAAAUUGAUGUCUACCUCCCACUGCAUGCAAACCAAGACAAACUGCAGCCCAUGACAGUUGUGACGAUAGCAAAUGCCAAGGUGCAUGACCUGAUUGGACUAAUAUGCUGGCAAUAUACAAGUGAGGGACGGGAACCAAAACUGAACGAGAACGUCAGUGCCUACUGCCUCCAUAUUGCUGAGGACGAUGGUGAGGUUGACACAGAUUUCCCACCCUUGGAUUCCAACGAGCCCAUUCACAAGUUUGGCUUCAGCACUCUGGCGUUGGUUGAAAAGUACUCCUCUCCUGGCCUGGCAGCAAAACAGUCGCUCUUUGUCCGAAUAAAUGCUGCUCAUGGAUUCUCACUUAUUCAGGUGGACAGUAUGAAGGUCACCAUGAAAGAUAUCUUGCAAAAGGCCUUAAAGAGAAGGAAAGGAUCACAGAGAGGCUCAGGUCCUCAGUAUCGGCUGGAGAAGCAGAGUGAACCUAAUGUCCCAGUAGAUUUAGACUGUACCUUGGAGAGCCAGAGCACUUUGGAAUUCUGCCUUGUCCGAGAGAACAGUUCGAGAGGAGAGGAGAUCUCAGAGGAGGACCCUCAGAUCGACAUAGCCACGGUGCAGGACAUGCUCAGCAGCCACCACUACAAGUCCUUCAAAGUCAGCAUGAUCCAUAGGCUUCGAUUCACCACUGAUGUUCAGUUAGGUAUUUCUGGAGACAAGGUAGAGAUAGACCCUGUUACUAAUCAGAAGGCCAGCACUAAGUUUUGGAUUAAGCAGAAACCCAUUUCAAUCGAUUCCGAACUCCUCUGUGCCUGUGACCUUGUGGAAGAAAAGAGCCCAAGUCAUGCAAUAUUUAAACUUACAUAUCUAAGCAAUCACGACUACAAACACCUGUACUUUGAAUCAGAUGCUGCUACUGUCAAUGAAAUUGUACUGAAGGUUAACUAUAUUCUGGAAUCGCGAGCAAGUACAGCCAGAGCAGAAUAUUUUGCUCAGAAACAAAGAAAACUGAACAGGAGAACAAGCUUUAGCUUCCAGAAGGAGAAGAAAUCGGGACAGCAGUAGCACCGGGCCUCAACAGAGCCUGACCGCCGUGUUCGGGGCGGGGGCUGCCGGUGGCCGGGGCAGAGCGGCGGAGCUCCAGCUGCUGAUGGCAGGAGCGGCCGGGGAGGGCAUCGGCAGGACCCCAUGUCUGGUGGCUGUAAGAUGAUCCCUCUUGGCGAGGGGAGGUCUCCCCUGCGACACAAAUAAAGAGCCAUAUCAGCCGGAAAGAAGACUGUUACGCUUCAGGUUCCUUUGAUUAGAAAUAAGAGAAUGACGUAGACUGGCAUCAUUUAAUUACUGUAUUAUGUACAAUCACAAGAAGAGAUGUGAUUACAUAUUAUUUCACAGCCUGGUUAAAAUAAAUUAUAUACAUCUGUAAUACACCCACGUACACGCAGGUAUUGCUUGUGACAUGAUCAAAUUUCUAAAAACAAAAUGUAGGACAAAUGUAUCCAUUUUUACUAUUAAUAAACAGAUGUAAUCUUUUUCAAGGUCCAUCUGAUGCACAGUUCUUUUGGGGGGAGGCUGCAGUCCCAGAUGGUUACGCUUCUGUUGCUGACGUGCAGGAGGCAACUGUGAGCCAGGAGCAGCAGCCGUGGCAGAGCGACUGGUGGGGGAGCGCUGAGGCAGUUCAGGUCUCUUCUGCUUCGUUCUUUUCAAAACAGGUUUCUGUAACUGCUCCUCAGCUUUGCAUCCCCUCUGUGGAAGGCACUUCCUGCAGCCAGCACCAAGGCAGCAUCUGCAGCCUGAGGAGAGCACGGCCCAGCGCUGAGGCCGGGCUGGCACCUGGUGCUGGGGGUGCCCCUCCUCCUUACUGUUGUUCUCUAGGAAUAAAAACAGAGACCUGCUUUGUACUGGGACUUGAGACUGUGCUGGCCUUGUCUGUCUUUAACAUAUCAGGGAACACGUGAAUGGGAUUUCAGGGAACCAGAGCUGCGUUUUGGUUCCGCUCACCAGAGGUGUCUUUCACAAAUCUCUCUAAGCUGCUGAUGCUGGAGCCCUGUGCUGCGGCCGUGGGUUUGUACCGUGCUGUACCCACAGCCCUGCGAGCUGCUCAGAGCCCGGCAGCACGGGCUGUGUGGGACUGUGGGGCUGUGUGGGACUGUGGGGCUGUGUGGGACUGUGGGGCUGUGUGGAGCUACACAGGCUCUGUGCUCCCCCAGCUGUACUGCAGCACCACCUCCAGCAGUGUGUGUCCUACCUUACUUUUGUACAAAAAACGCUCUGAGCCUUAACGUGCAGUGUGUGGAUAGCGGGAAGGCAGCAGGGCUCUGUGACAGCUGUCUGGUACAUUUAAGUUCUCUGUUUUAAAAGACUCUGUUUUGGAAGCACAUGAGUGCCGCCCCCCGGGGCUGCGUGGUCUCUGUGCAGUCUUCCACAGUUCCUAUUUGCAAAGGAUAAACAGGAGAAAACAUAUUUUAUAGUACAAUAUUGCAUUUUUAAGUAUUUUGUACGCACAAUUGCAGCACAGAUGCAAUGGAGGAAGACCUUUCCAAUAAUGCAAUGUAAAUUAUUCCUUUAUUCAGCUUUGUGAACUAUUUAACAUUAAAGUUGUUAUGUGAAUGUG